AUGGUACAUGGUGAGGUGUUAGUGGAGAAGUGUAUGAAAAUUGAAGACGAGGAAGGUGUUCAAAAAGGGUUUGAGGAGAAGGUGCGUGAAGUUUUGAAUGAGAUUGAAGUUGCAAAGAAAUGUGAAGACCCCAAUUUGUUACGUAUGAAAGGUGUUAAUAUAGAACCAUUGAUAUUAGUGUAUGAGUAUUGUAGUGAAGGGAGUUUAUAUGACGUAUUGAGUAAGAUUCGAUUAACUGAUGACGAGAAGUUAGGGUUAAGCAUAGAUGUGAGUCGAGGGGUGAAAGCGCUUCAUUUGAAGAAUUUUAUUCAUCGUGAUAUCAAAUCACCGAACGUGUUAAUAAAGAGGGAGAAUGGGAAGUUGAGGAGUGUUUUAGCGGACUUUGGGUUGUGUUCCAGUGGGAAAGAAAAAGACGAGGCGAGGAAUUUCAACCCGAUUUGGACUGCGCCAGAAGUUCUGCAAGGGAAGAAGUGUAGUUUCAAGUCAGAUGUGUAUUCAUUGUCUUUUGUCAUAUGGGAAAUAUUUACACAGAAACGACCAUUUGGGGACAUUCAGUUUAUGGCGGGGAUCUAUUCUGAAGUGACGAGUGGCGGAAGACCCCCAUUGAGUUGUGUGAGUAACGAGAAAAUAAAAAACUUAUGUGAGGAAGGGUGGGACGAGAACCCCCAUAUGAGACCAAACUCAUGUAAAAUAGUGAAGAGACUGGACGAGAUCAAUCAAAAGGAUCGAAGUAAAUAA